AUGGUAAAAAAUUAUUCGUCUUCAGUUUCGAUAGAUAGUAACAAAGAACCGCAAGUAUUUACGAGAGACACAGUUGAUUGUCAAGAUUUAGGAUCAAAUUUUUUGCAAAAGACAAAGGAUUAUGCGAAACAAUUUUUCUACGUCUAUUCUUGUCGACUCCAGGAACUCAGAAGUAUUUUAGAAGACAAAGUAUCCAAAAAAUGGCCUGAGCUUGAAAACUUGGAAGACGAUAAAUGUAUCGUCAUUGGUACACUGUUCAAGCACCAAGCAUGGAAACCUUCGAUUUUACGCGAGCUGAGCGAUGAAAUCGAGGAAUCGGGUGUUAUUCCCGAGAGACGUGCUCACUAUGCCAGUGAAAAGGACCAAGUGUUCCUGGAAGACGAGAUGCUGAGAAUAAAAGUUGUAGGAGACGUUGAUCUGUCGGGAAUAGUCACUGGAGUUGUCUGCGCUGUGCUGGGCAAAACUCUGGACGACGGGUCAUUUAAAAUAGAAGACUGGUGUUUUCCUGGAUGUCCACCGCAUCAGGAUCUACCGUCUGCUGCUUCAGGAAAGCUUCUUCUGGUGUCAGGCCUUGAUUUGGCGAGUGAGACCAACAACUUGGCUCGCCAUUUGCUGCUGGAGUGGAUCAGCGGGAUGGCAGGAAGCUCAGAAGCUCAGAAAGAAGCAGCUUCUAUCAUAAAUGUCGUGAUUGCCGGUAAUAGUAUAAAGACAACUGACUCGGAAAAUCAACACAGUCGUGGUUUGAUGGGCACGAAAGCACUGGAGAUUGCUUCUAGUCGUGAGCUGUCGAUCGGUGUUAGUAAACUCGAUAAAUUGCUCACUGAGAUGUUGAACUACUGCUCAGUUACGUUGAUGCCAGGUCAGUUUGAUCCUUCGAAUGUCAUGCUUCCUCAGAAACCAAUUCACCGGCUGCUGCUUCGUGAAUCCAAAGGGUUCGAGAAUCUCAGGGGUGUCAACAAUCCUUGGUCUGGUGUCGUCGGCAAUCGGCUAAUUUGUGGCUCCAGUGGCCAGCCUAUUGAAGAUAUUAUGCGUGUCAUCGGAGACUCCGAAGCAACUGCUCUUCAAUGGCUGGAAAAAACUCUCGAGUGGAGACACUUUUGUCCUACUGCUCCUGAUACUUUGCCUUCAUAUCCGUUCCAUGAUAAGGAUCUCUUCAUCAUGCAGCAGUGUCCUGAUAUUUAUUUUGCUGGCAAUACUGAUAAAUUUGAAACCAAGAUCUGGAAAGCGGAAGAUGAUAAACCUGUAAGACUGAUAUGUGUUCCGAAAUUUUCUACGACCAGCACUGCCGUACUCGUUGAUCUUAAGACACUUGAUGUUACUCCAGUAUCAUUUGGGAUUAAUUAA